UUUUUUUUUUUUUCAAUUGGGUCCAAUUGUAUUACGCCGUCCCCCAUGUUCGAUGUGACACUAGGAAACCAAUGCCCGGCUCGGCUCGAUCGCAGUAGCGCCAGCAUCAACUCAGCAAACGUCAAUUCUACUCCUGGGAAUCUCUGAAAGAACAAGAUCCGAGAUGUGCGGAAUCUGGGCGAUGUUCGGCAGCGACGCGUGCCUGUCAAGUCAGUGCAGCGACGCCAUGAAAAUAGCGCACCGAGGCCCAGACGCCUUCCGCUUUGAGAAUAUCAACGGGCACGCCAAGUGCUGCUUUGGCUUCCAUCACCUGGCCAUUUUGGAUCAGCUGCACGGCAUGCAACCUUUGCACGUCAACAAACUGCCCUUUUUGUGGCUGUGCUACAACGGCGAGAUUUACAACCACCUCACACUGAAGAAGCAAUUUGAGUUUGACUGCCAGACACAAGUGGACGGCGAGGUUCUGCUGCACUUGUACGAGCGCUUCGGCAUUCGGAAGGCCGUGUCUCUCCUGGACGGCACCUUUGCUUUCGUUCUGUUGGACACGAGCCAGAGCAAAGUGUGCCUGGGAAGGGACACGUACGGCGUGCGCCCCUUGUUUCGACUUCUGACCGACGACGGAACGCUCGGAGUCAGCUCCGAGGCCAAAGGCCUUACGGAUGCGCUCCGCGCCACGGAGGCCAAGGUCGUCCCCUUUCUGCCGGGUCAUUUUGAAGUCUUUCGUUUGAGCCUCAACGGAAAGGUGACAUCGAUUGAGCUGGAGCAGUUCCACGAAUGCACCAAGGAGCCAGCUCACGCCAUCUAUGACACCGUGGGGAAACUGGCAGCAGGUUUUGACGACGACACAGUCAAGGACAACAUCAGAAGGUUGUUUGAGAACGCCGUACGGAAACGGCUCAUGGGCACCAGGAGGAUUGGUUGUCUUCUCUCGGGGGGUCUGGAUUCCAGUUUGGUUGCCGCUACCUUGGUGAAGCUGGCAAAACAAGUGGGACUCGAGUAUCCCAUUCAAACCUUUUCAAUCGGCUCGGAAGAUAGCCCGGACAUCUUGGCGGCCCGUAAGGUCGCAGCUUACAUCGGCAGCGAACACCACGAGGUGAACUUCACUGCCGAAGAAGGCAUUCAGGUUGUAGAGCAAGUGAUUGUAAGCCUUGAGACCUAUGACAUCACCACUGUUCGAGCCUCUGUCGGAAUGUACUUGGUGUCUAAAUACAUUGGCGAGAAGACCGAUAGUGUGGUGAUCUUCUCUGGAGAAGGCUCCGAUGAGCUCACGCAAGGCUACAUUUACUUCCACGAGGCUCCCAGCGCCGAAGCAGGAGCGGAAGAGAGCGUCCGCCUGCUGAAAGAACUCUACCUGUUUGACAAUCUGCGAGCCGAUCGCACCACGUCUGCGCACGGUUUGGAGCUCCGAGUGCCUUUCCUGGACCACAGACUGACGGCGUAUUACCUAUCCCUGCCUGAGGAAAUGAGAAAUCCCAGGCACGGAAUGGAGAAGUACCUGCUGCGGGACUCCUUCAGAGGUGUGAAAUUGAUCCCCGAUGAGAUUCUGUGGAGGAGGAAAGAAGCCUUCAGUGAUGGUGUGAUGUCUGUUAAGAAGUCCUGGUAUAUCUUUCUUGAGGAAUGCCUUGAGUCUAUGGUGAGCGACGGCGAGAUGGCCAACGCUCCCAAGCUCUUCCCUCACAACACUCCCCGCACCAAAGAGGCCUUCUACUUCAGACAGGUUUUUGAAAAGCACUUCCCCGGCCAUGCCGAGUUGCUCCCCCAUUUCUGGAUGCCCCGCUGGAUUGAUGCCAGUGACCCGUCAGCCCGCACACUGUCCAUCUACACCAGUAACGACUAAAUAAGUCAAGCAGAAAGGCAAACAUGAUUUGAAUGGACAUUUCAAUUCACCUUCCAAAAAUUCACAAAGAAAGAUCGUCUCAUGUUCCAAAUUCAUGUAUUAUCGGCAAAUGAAUACCGUUUUUUCCAUGUAUAAUGCGCAAAAUGUAACUAAUUUAUUGUCCUAAAAUCUGGGGUGCGCAUUAUACAUGGGUACAAAAAAACCCAAAAAAACUUUUUUUUUUUUUUUUUUUUUAAUCCAGAUAUGAUACGGAGGCUGCCAUUACAGAUGCGCUUUCUUCUCUGCUGUUCACUUCAAACACGCUCCAUACGAACACAAUGCUCUGGUAUCAGACGCUUGCUCGAUCACCUGCUCGUUUGCUGUCACAAUGUACCCUACACAAAUCCGAAACAUUUCUUCGCUAUCGAGUUUGCUAGCGCAGUGAUACUGACCGGCAGAAUAACAUCCGGUUGUUCCCAAAGAUGAUCUUUUUUCUGAAAUAAUUUUACGUUUACGGACUUAAGUAGGAGUCCAAAUUUGGGUGUGUAUUAUACAUGGGUACAGGCUUUUUUCCAGCAUCAACAUGCCAUUUUUAGGGUGCGCAUUAUACAUGGAAAAAAACGGUACAUUGAUAUCACUGAGUGGAGCCAAAGCUUCAAACAGCCAACAGCUCAAUCAUAUUGUGGAUCAAUUCUUUCGGACUGCAAUUCAUACUCUGUUCUUGAGUUCUGCAUUACUGCAACCAGCUACGUUUGUGCUGCUGCUGCUGCUGCUGCUUAGUUAUUCAAGUUUGAAAUUGCUUUCCUCAUCCAAAUAGUAUUUACAGCAGAACCUCCUAAGUCUACAAUUGGCAAAAAAACUCUUGAAUCUUUAUGAUGCACGAUUGAUGGGCAUGGCACCAUGCCCCCACAGAGACUCUGCUCCACUAUUCCCACAAAAAAAAGGAAAUACUUGGUGUCAAGAUCUUCCAGAUCUGGCCAGCCAACCACAUCAUUUGAGAGAGAAAUCACAAGCAUUGACUUCUCUUGCUAAUCCUCUUGAGUUAUUGCUAGCAUGUUUCUUAGCAUUUGCCUUUUCAAAUCAAGUGUCAAAUAUUCAAACAUCAUUUUAGCCAUCAAUUUGUUGAGUGUAUGCAAUCAUACGAGUAGAUCAUAUAUUUGAUAUAUGACGUUUCCCAAGUAUGCUGGACACGUAUAAAUGUCUGGAAGAAGCAAAUGGCCACCAUUUGAAGUCGCUCCAAAAUGCAAAAAAACCACAACUCUUGAAUCUUAAUUGUGUGGUGAAAUGACAUUGGGAACAGGCUUCCUAACCCAAGUCUCAUCUGAAUACAAGCCUUAACUUGCCAUCUAUUAGCCAUGAUGUUUUGCAUUUUAAUGCAUUAUAUAUACGUACACACACACACACACAUAUAUAUACAUGUAUAUAUACAUGUAUAUAUAUGUUAGUUUCUGUCUUUACGUUCUCUUUGAGAGUUCCAUCCAAUGCUAUGCUUGCUUUUCUUCCAUUCAUUCUCAAUAAAGUUGGAAUGCAACAAA